AUGGAGAUCGACGAGGACCUGCACUCGCGACAGCUCGCGGUGUACGGACGAGAGAGCUUUCGAAAACUCGCGAGCGCGCGGGUGUUGGUGAUCGGGGCGCGAGGUUUAGGGUGCGAGAUCGCGAAGAAUGUCGUCUUGGCGGGCGUGCGCGCGGUGAGCGUGUGCGACUCGGGGGCGUGCGAGGCGGCGGACGCGAGCGCGCAGUUUUACGUGGACGAAGCGAGCGUGAAGGCAAACGUGACGCGCGCGCGGGCGAGCGUGGGGAAGUUGCAGGAGCUGAAUCCGGCGGUGGAGGUGAACUGCGUGGAGACUUGCGACGAAGACGCCGUCAAGGCGCACUCCGUGGUGGUGUGCGCCGGGGAGACGUCCGAGGCGGAGGCGGUGGCGAUUAACGCCAUGUGCCGGGCGAAUAACGUGGCGUUUAUUAAGACGGACGUGCGAGGGGUGUUCGGAAACGUGUUUUGCGACUUUGGUGACGCGUUCAACGUCUUGGACGUGGACGGCGAGGAGGCGCUGUCGUGCAUCGUGGCGAGCGUGUCAAACGAUUCUCCGGCGCUCGUCACGUGCAUCGAAGACGAACGCGUGGAGUUGCAAGACGGCCAGCGAGUGACGUUUAGCGAGGUGCGAGGGAUGACUGAACUGAACGGGCUGUCGGUCGUGGUUAAAAACGUGAAGAAGCAUUCGUUUGAGCUCGACUUGGACACGAGCGCGUUUUCGCCCUACGUCGGCGGCGGCAUCGCGACGCAAGUCAAAGAAACGAAGACGCUCAAGUUUGCCUCGUACGCGGACUCGCUCGAGUCCCCAGGGGACUUUUUGUUGAGCGAUUUCGCCAAGAUGGAACGCUCGCCCCAGUUGCACUUGGCCUUCGGCGCGCUCGACGCGUACGUCGCCAAGCACGGCGCGUCGCCGACGCCGGGUUCCGACUCGGAUGCUGAAAAAUUCGUCGCCGAAGCGGAAGCGUUGAACGCGACGCGUAAAGCGGUGGAUGAAGUUGACAAGGACUUGUUAAAGACGUUUUCGAAGACGUGCCGAGGUCACGUCUCGCCCAUGGCGGCGAUGUUUGGCGGCAUCGUCGGCCAAGAAGUCGUCAAGGCGUGCACGGGCAAGUUCCACCCGUUGUUCCAAUGGUUUUACUUUGAUUCCGUCGAAAGCUUGCCCGAGACGUUGACCGAAGAAGACCUCGCGCCGCGAGGUGAUCGCUACGACGGUCAAGUCAUGUGCUUCGGGACGAAGAUGCAGGACAAAAUUCUCAGUCAAAAGAUUUUCCUCGUCGGCGCCGGCGCGCUCGGUUGCGAGUUUUUGAAAAACUUUGCGUGCAUGGGGUUGUCGUGCGGUCCGAGCGGUGGUGUGACGGUGACGGACGACGACGUUAUUGAGAAGUCAAACUUGUCCCGUCAAUUCUUGUUCCGCGACUGGAACAUCGGUCAAGGCAAGAGCGUGUGCGCCUCGAACGCGGCCAAGGUGAUCAAUCCGAACCUCAACGUCACCGCGCUCGAGAACCGCGUGAGCCCGGACACGGAGGACGUUUUCGACGAUGGAUUCUGGGAAGGCCUGGAUGUGGUCGUGAACGCUCUGGAUAACGUAAACGCGCGGUUGUACGUAGACAGUCGAUGCGUGUACUUCCAAAAGCCGCUGCUCGAGAGCGGGACUCUCGGCACGAAGUGCAACACUCAAAUGGUCAUUCCGAACAUGACAGAGAACUAUGGUGCUUCUCGUGACCCUCCGGAGAAGAGCGCGCCGAUGUGCACGCUGCACUCGUUCCCGCACAACAUCGAUCACUGCUUGACGUGGGCGCGAAGCGAAUUCGAAGGUGCAUUCGAGAAGGCUCCCGCCGAGGCCAACUCUUAUUUGUCCAAGCCAGAGGAAUACGCCGCGGCGGCGCUGUCGAACCCCGAUGCUUCCGCGCGAGAGAAUGUCGAAAAGGUUGCGCAAGUGUUGUUGAAGACGGCAUGCUCCACGUAUGACGAAUGCAUCGCUUGGGCGCGCACGCAGUUCCAAGAGCAAUUCCACGACAAGAUUUUACAGCUCACGUUUACGUUUCCCGAAGACGCCGUCACGUCGACGGGUUCACCUUUCUGGAGCGCACCGAAGCGUUUCCCGCGACCAGUCAUAUUUUCCACCUCGGACGCUUCGCACAUGACGCUCAUCCGCGCCAUGGCGAACCUCAAAGCGGAGCUCUCUGGGAUCGCGCGACCGGCGGCGGGAGUCAACGACGACGCCGCGCUCGUGCAGCUCGUCGACAAGGUGGCCGUCGCUCCUUUCGAACCGAAGAAGGGCAUCAAGAUCGAGACCGACCCCAAGGCGAACACCGCCGCUUCGAGCAUUCCUGAAGGUAUCGACGACGAGGCUGUGAUCAAGGACGUGUUGGCCAAGCUCGAAACGAAGCGAGCGGGCUUGGGAGGAGAUUACAGACUCAACGUCAUCGAGUUUGAGAAGGACGACGACACAAACUUUCACAUGGACGCCAUCGCUGGUCUUUCCAACAUGCGUGCGCGCAACUAUGACAUCGGUGAGGUCGAUAAACUCAAAGCAAAGUUUAUCGCGGGGAGAAUUAUUCCAGCCAUCGCGACGACGACGGCGAUGGCGACGGGUUUGGUGUGCCUCGAAUUGUACAAGGUGUUCAAAGGCGCGAAGAUUGAGGCGUAUCGCAACACGUUCGCCAACCUCGCGCUCCCGCUGUUCGCCAUGGCGGAGCCCAUCGCGGCCAAGCAAGACAAAUUCAAAGACUUGUCGUGGAGCAUGUGGGACCGAUGGAUCUUGGAGGGCGAUUUCACGGUUCAACAAGUCUUGGACCACUUCGAGGCCAAGGGCCUGAUCGCGUACUCCAUGUCCGUCGGCGCGAGUUUGGUUUAUAACAAUAUUUUCCCCAAACACAAGGAGCGUUUGAACCAAAAACUCAGCGAGUUGGUGCAAACCGUGGCGAAGAUGGAAAUUCCCGCCAAGCGUCGACACUUCGACAUCGUCGUCGCGUGCGAAGACGACGAAGGCGAAGACGUCGACAUCCCGAUGGUGUCCAUUCGCUUUAGAUGA